AUGGAAGGAAUCUUCCGAGGAAAUAAACAGGAACAUCCUCAGCCAAUCCAGGCAACAGUGCACGGCGAGAUUCCAAGCUGGAUGGAGGGGGUUCUUCUUCGCAAUGGUCCGGGCAUGCAUAAAAUAGGAGAAACUGAAUACAAUCAUUGGUUCGACGGCAUGGCUUUGUUGCACAGUUUUACGAUAAAGAAUGGGGAAGUCUUCUAUCGAAGCAAAUACCUCCGCAGCGACACUUAUAACCGCAACGUUGAAGCCAACAGAAUUGUGGUGUCAGAAUUUGGAACGAUGGCUUAUCCAGAUCCAUGCAAAAACAUCUUUGCCAAGGCCUUCUGCUAUCUAUCCCACACAAUACCUGAAUUCACAGACAACUGCUUGAUCAACAUCAUAAGAAAUGGUGAUGAUUACUAUGCCAGCAGUGAAGUCAACUUCAUUAGGAAAAUUGAUCCUCGGACUCUGGAAACACUGGAAAAGGUUGACUACUCCAAGUAUGCAGCCAUCAAUCUGGCAACAGCCCAUCCUCAUUAUGACAGUGCUGGAAAUGUUCUCAACAUGGGCACCUCCAUCGUUAAUAAAGGAAAGACAAAAUACGUUCUUUUUAAGAUCCCCCCUUCAGCACCAGAUUUUGAAAGUGAAACAAAGAAAAAAAAGUCUUUCCUGAAAAACCUUGAAGUGAUGUGUUCCAUCCCCUCCCGCUCUCUACUGCAGCCAAGCUAUUUUCACAGCUUUGGCAUUUCGGAGAAUUAUAUCCUGUUUAUAGAGCAGCCAUUCAAGCUGGAUAUACUCAAGAUGGCAACAGCCUAUAUGAGGGGGGUCAGCUGGGCCUCUUGCCUCGUCUUCCAUAAGGAUGAAAAGACGUGGAUUCACCUUGUCAACAGACGAAGCAGAAAAGAAGUGUCGACCAAGUUUUACACGGAUGCCAUGGUUGUCUUUCACCACGUGAAUGCUUAUGAGGAAGAUGGCCAUGUGAUCUUAGACCUCAUUUCCUACUCAGAUGGUAGUCUGUAUGACAUGUUCUAUUUAAAAAACCUGGAUGGGAGCUUUGAGAGCACUGCCAAAACCACUUCCGUACCAUGCUGCAAGCGAUUUGUGGUUCCUCUGCAGUCUGACAAGGAUGCAGAAGUGGGUUCAAAUUUGGUCCGGCUGCCAUCAACCACUGCAACUGCUGUGAAGGAAAAGGACGGCGGCAUUUACUGUCUGCCUGAAAUACUUUGCGAAGGAAUAGAACUGCCUCGCAUCAACUAUGAUUAUAAUGGCAGAAAGUACAGAUAUAUCUAUGCAGCAGAGGUGAAAUGGAGUCCAGUUCCCACACAGGUAGCUAAAUUUGACGUUCUGACCAAAAGAAAACUUCAUUGGGAAGAAGAACAUUGUUGGCCAGCAGAACCAGUAUUUGUACCGAGUCCUAAUGCCAAAGAAGAAGAUGAUGGUAUUAUCCUGACAACCAUUGUGACGACAGAACCCCAGAAGCCACCUUUCCUGCUCAUACUGGAUGCUAAAACUUUCAAGGAGAUUGCUCGGGCAACGGUGAACGUAGAACUGCACCUGGGCUUACAUGGCAUCUUCAUCCCUGAGGAGGAUUUGAAGGCACAGCAGGAGAUUGGUGGAGAUGGAGGACCUGAAUCCCAGGGUUGUCCAUCUCAUAAAACAAACCACAUCCCUGAAGCCAGCCUAUCGGCUAAAAAACAGAUGGAAGACUUGUAA